GAUUAAAAGCUUACAAAACGUUCACUGUUAGUUAGAUUGGCAGUUAGACGUGCAGUUUAACCAUUAGUCGAUAGUAUUUGAGUACGUUGUAACGCAUAGGAGAGGGAAAGAAGCAUCAGAGGUUCACACGACUGUUGGCUUGUGUUUUGUAAGGACACUAUCCUGCGCCAUGGUACCGAUUGGAGGACCGGUAGGACACGGAGGACAUCCGAUUCACAUACCAACUCCGAUACAGAAUGCUCCUCCACCGUCGCAGAGUCAGCAUACGCCGUCUAGUCAGAACCGGCAGUCGCUCUCGGUUAAACCAAACUAUACGCUCAAGUUUACGCUAGCCGGCCACACGAAGGCGGUGUCGGCGGUAAAAUUUAGCCCAAACGGUGAAUGGCUUGCAAGUUCCUCUGCUGAUAAACUGAUCAAAAUAUGGGGCGCAUAUGAUGGCAAGUUCGAGAAAACAAUCUCCGGACACAAGCUAGGGAUCAGUGAUGUGGCGUGGUCAAGCGAUAGUCGUCUGCUGGUAACGGCCAGCGAUGACAAGACGCUCAAAAUCUGGGAACUCAGCUCGGGCAAGUGUCUGAAGACGCUGAAAGGUCACACCAACUAUGUGUUCUGCUGCAACUUCAACCCGCAAAGCAAUCUGAUCGUGUCGGGUAGCUUUGACGAGUCGGUGCGCAUCUGGGACGUGCGAACUGGGAAGUGUCUGAAGACGUUACCCGCCCACUCCGAUCCGGUAUCGGCGGUACACUUCAACCGGGACGGUUCACUAAUCGUUUCGUCCAGUUACGAUGGGUUGUGCCGUAUCUGGGACACGGCGAGCGGUCAGUGUUUGAAGACGCUGAUCGACGAUGACAAUCCGCCGGUUUCGUUCGUAAAGUUCUCCCCAAAUGGCAAGUACAUCCUGGCGGCCACACUCGACAACACGCUCAAGCUGUGGGACUAUUCGAAGGGCAAAUGUCUGAAGACGUACACGGGGCAUCGCAACGAGAAGUACUGCAUCUUUGCCAACUUUUCCGUCACCGGCGGCAAGUGGAUUGUGUCGGGCAGCGAGGACCAUAUGGUGUACAUUUGGAAUCUGCAAAGCAAAGAAAUCGUACAAACGCUGCAGGGCCACACGGAUACGGUACUGUGCACGGCUUGCCAUCCGACGGAGAACAUUAUUGCGUCGGCUGCGCUCGAGAACGAUAAGACGAUAAAACUUUGGAAGAGCGAUACGUAGGGUGUGUCUGGGGUCUCUCCUUCCCAACUGGCACGGUUCUGAAGCGGGCGAAAGACGCGUAUUUCAUUUAAGAGCAUAUUCAUACAACAGGCUGGCAGAGAGUUGGUAGAUGUGACUUUAUAGCAUGGUAAGACAAGUUUCAGGAUGAUUUUAUAAGAAUUCGACGUCUCGUGUAUAAUAAUAUACAAACUAAUCAUAAUUACG